AUGUGCAUGGUUCAACAAUCGCAGAUAUUACCAAGCCAGGACUUCGUCCAGGUAACAACCGCAGCAUCAGACGCGAGUGCGUACAUGCGAACGCAACUCUUCCUAGCAAAUCUCAUACUCCAUGAGUUGACCCAUGUUUGGUUUAAAAAUGUAACGACAGAGAAUGUCGAGACAUGUCCGUUCCGUAACGACGAUAGAGCAGGAGAAGAAGGUUUCGCCUUGGAAGCCGUGAUACACAAUAACGUUGCCCUCAUCGACAAUGAAGCAAACUUUAGCGUGGACACAAUGCCUUUCGGAAUGGCCGCAAUUGAAUGGCCUGGAUUAGAGCAUCGUGUUGAUGAAGGUCUUGCCAUCAAAGCCAGUACAGCAAAGUAUGGCAUCAAGUCUCAUACUACGUAUGCUAUUUCAAUGAGUGUGAGUUCUUCGAUGGUGGCGAACAGGAGGUCUCCUACUAAUCAGUUUCUCAGNUAUGUACGACAGUUCUUCCUAGACGACUUCUGGGACAACCGGAUGGUGAGGUAUGGCGAUGGAGCCUUGAGACACUACAAAGCUGUGGGUGUGCGAGAGUCUCAAUAUGGCGAGUCUGAAUUCGACGAUUUGGAAAGUCCGACGGUCAAACAGAAGCAGAACCCUCUGACUGGAUUAUGGGAGGAUGAUCCUGAGAUUGACUCUGACGCCGAGUUCCCGGAUGUGGAGGAAGGAAUUAUCUAUCCUGAGGACAAAGCUUUGAGUCUUCUGGGUGCAGAAAUAUAUGACUCCGAUGUCGAAAUGAAAGAUGGAGAGGAGGGCGACGACGAAGACUAG